AUGUGUGGGGGAGAAGAGAAUGGUGGAUUGGAUCAGGCACAUGUGUCCUACAGUGGCAGUGCGAGUGAGCAAAACAUUGCGGAAAUGAUUGUAGGCCCAUCAGCUUCCAUCACCAUGGGUUUUCCGUUUUCCAUCGAUUGCAAUAAGGCAGGAAUGGGAAAUGUGGAUAAGGAACGUGUGGAAGCUAUUAUACGUGAUGCCAGGGAAGGAUCCCCCUUUCUAUUGAAUGAACAACGUUUGGCUGAGGGUCGAGAGAAGCAACUGCAAGAGCUCAAACGGAAAUCAUCUCUCUUCACUCAGUUGUUGGGUGGUGAACGAAACGCUGCGCAGCGGAAACAGUGGGAGCUGAAGGUUUCCAAAAUGGAGCAGGAGCUUGAGGCUACGCGUCGACUGGGAACUUAUAUCCAUUUAGACAUGGACAUGUUUUAUGCUGCUGUUGAAAUCAAGAAGCAUCCGGAGUACGCCACCAUUCCGCUUGCCAUAGGCACCAUGACGAGGCUACAAACAGCAAAUUACAUUGCGCGUGGACGUGGUGUCCGUCCCGGUAUGCCAGGUUUCCUUGCUCUAAAAAUCUGCCCAAAUCUACUAUUACUCCCUCCCGAUGAUGAUUCUUACUAUUUGGAAUCCAAUAUCGUACGUCGUAUUGUUGCUGAAUACGACCCUAAUUACAUAGUUGUUGGUUUGGAUGACUUUACUCUCGAAGUAAGUGCCUACAUAGAGCGUUUUGAGGGAACCAAAACAGCCGAAGAUGUGGCUUCUGAACUGCGUGUGCGUGUAUUUGGUGAAACAAAGUUGACAGCAAGUGCUGGUAUUGGACCCACUGCAGCACUUGCCAAGAUUGCCAGUAAUAUUAAUAAGCCGAAUGGACAACAUGAUCUUAAUCUUCACACCCGAGGGGAUGUGAUGACAUACGUCAGGGAUUUGGGUCUACGUUCUGUGCCUGGUGUUGGGAAGGUUACGGAAGCUCUGUUGAAGGGACUGGGUAUCACCACUCUCGGCGACAUUCACGAUAGGCGUGUUGAACUUUGUUACAUUUUGCACAAUAAUUUAUUUCGCUUUUUGCUUGGAGCUUCCAUUGGCAUUAUGCAAUGGCCCGAUGCAGCAACGGCAGCCAAUACCGAGAAUUGUGAGGGGGCUACUGGAGGGCAACGGAAGGCAAUCAGUAGCGAGCGAUCUUUUUAUGUGUUACAUAGCAAAGAGCAGUUGCAUGAAAUGAUUUACAGUAUUUUUGAAGAGGCCUAUGAAGAAAUGCGACAGAAUGAGAUGUUGUGUCGUCAGAUCUCCUUGCUUGUGCGUUGGUCGUCUUAUCGUUAUCAACAAUACACAAAAAGUUUGAUACAAUAUUCAGAUGACUCUGCAACCCUUCGCCGCGCAGUGGAUGGUUUACUGUUACCGCACGCUGCAAAGUAUUCAGAGAUGUGUUUGUUGGGGGUACGUUUUCUUGACCUUAUCUCUGCAAAAGACUUUCAUAUGAAAAGAAAGGGUGGUAACCAACUGUCUAUUUCACAAUUUAUUCGCCCCAAGAAGCCGGGUGAGGUAACAGCAACCACCGGUAUAAAAAGGGAGAGGACUACUGAACCGAAACAGGUUGUGGAAAUAAUAAUAUCAUCAGACGACGAGGAUGAGAAUGAUAGUGUUGGCUUGGCAUCUAGCUCCACUAUACUCGUUUCAACUGACAAAGGUACUGUUGAGAGGGAAGUUACCAUAAUUUAG